GUUAAUUUCAUUUUCAAAAUGUUCGGUUAGGUUCAAGCUUAUUUUUUUUAAUCAUUACUGAUAUAAAUAUGUUUAUCCUGUUCAACACUGUUCAAAAGCGUAUUUUGAAACUGACAGAUUCAACUACAAAACUACUAAAGGAAUUUCCAUGUCAUAACCUGAAAGCACAAUCACUGGUAUCAGUGGUAUCCCCUAGGAGGUACUUUGCUGAAGAGAAAAAGAACAUAAAUGUAGGCACAAUUGGACAUGUAGAUCAUGGUAAAACAACUUUAACAGCUGCUAUCACAAAGUACUUACAAAAAAAGGGGCUUGCGAAGUAUAUUUCUUAUGAUGAAAUUGACAAAGCUCCAGAAGAGAAAGCUAGAGGUAUCACUAUCAAUGCUGCACAUAUUGGCUACAGUACUAAAAAGCGAAGCUAUGCUCAUACUGACUGUCCAGGGCAUGCUGAUUACAUAAAAAACAUGAUAUCAGGGGUAUCACAAAUGGAUGGAGCAGUAUUAGUUGUUGCAGCUACUGAUGGACAAAUGCCUCAGACCAGAGAACAUAUUCUGCUAGCUAAACAAGUUGGUGUCACCAAAAUCAUUGUUUAUAUCAAUAAAGCUGAUGCAGUUGAUCAAGAUGUGCUGGACCUAGUUGAGCUGGAAAUCCGUGAACUUCUUGAAGACUUUGGAUUCAAUGGGUCUGACUGUCCAGUCAUCAUUGGUUCUGCCCUGGAAGCUUUGAAUGGAAAAGACACAGAUUUUGGUGAAAAAUCAAUCUCUAAAUUGCUGGACACAUUAGAUACAUACCUACCUGAACCAGAAAGAGACCUGAAGUCUCCUUUCAUGGUACCAAUAGACAAUGCUUUUCUGGUGCCUGGUAGAGGAACAGUAGUUGUUGGUACUAUUAGCAGAGGUAUUGUGAAAAAAAAUCAAGAAGCUGAAUUGCUAGGGUUUGAUAAUCAAAUCAAGACUACUAUAUCAGAUAUACAAGUAUUCAAAAAGAGUGUACCAGAGUCAAGUGCUGGUGAGAAUAUAGGGGCUUUGUUGAGAAAUGUUCGCCUGAAGAAUGUCAGCAGAGGCAUGCUUCUAUGUGCCUCUGGCAGUGAAACUCUGAGUAAUCAGUUCAAAGCAAGCAUUUAUUUUUUAUCAAGGGCAGAAGGGGGUCGUUCAAAACCAAUUACAAGCAGAUACUGUCAACAGUUAUUCAGCAGAACUUGGAAUGUACCAUGUAGAAUAGAUUUAGAUAAUAAUUUAGAAAUGCUGAUGCCUGGGGAUCAUGGUUCCAUCAAACUAACUCUUCUAUGGAAAAUGGUGAUGACAUUAGGACAACAGUUUACAAUUCGAGAAAAUAAUGUAACAGUAGCUACAGGAAUUGUGACAGAAACAUUGCCAAAUAUUAAUAUCAAAACCAAUUUGGGAAAACUUGAACUUUGAUAGGUUUUAUAUGAAGUUUUCAUAGAAUAUUCUUCAAGAAUAAUGUCUUCAGUCUGCU